AUUAAAUUUUAAAAUGGAGAAAUUAUUUACCUGUUUUUCUUUAUUGACUAAAAACGUAAAUAAUGUGUACUUUAUAUCAAAAAGAUAUAUGCUUAAGGCAUCGAUCAACCACAUCUUGGACAAGAAAGUUAUGGACAGAUAUAUACGACUCCCCGUGCCUUGUAAUAAGGUUUUAGCAACGUAUUGCUGGAUAGACGGUUCAGGUAUUAAUCUAAGAUGUAAAGAUAGAAUUUUAAAUUGCACUCCUUAUAGCGCUGACGUGGCGCCAGGAUGGGCAUUUGAUGGAAGUUCCACCGGUCAAGCCACCACAGCUAAUUCUGACACUUCGUUAAAACCAUGUGCGGUUUAUCGAGAUCCGUUCAGAAUGGAACCUCAUGUCCUUGUCUUGUGUGAAGUAUAUAUGGGAGAUGGUUCGCCGGCUUCCACUAACCAUAGAAAAUUUUGUAAUGAUUUAUGCGAAUUUCAUAGAGCGGAAGAACCAUGGUUUGGAUUGGAACAAGAAUAUACGAUGCUAGAUGUCGACGGCUGGGGCUUGGGCUGGCCCAAAGGUGGUGGAUUUCCUGCUGUUAAUUACGAAUUCUCUUAUUGUGGAAUCGGAGCUAAGUAUAUUGCAGGUCGGGAUAUUUGUGAAGCUCAUACUAAAAGCUGUCUUUAUGCGGGUUGUGAUUUCGAAGGCACAAAUGCGGAAGUAAUGUUCGCUUGUUGGGAAUGGCAAAUUGGAACUACUAUAGGAAUAAAAGCCGCAGAUGAUAUGUGGAUGUCGCGAUAUAUCAUGGGUAGGAUAGCUGAAGACUAUGGUGUUGUCAUUACUUAUCAUCCAAAACCCAUGGGACCCAAGCAUCCUGGCGUGGGCAUGCAUCACAAUUUUAGUACUAAAAGAAUGCGUUCAGAUGGGGGUUAUAAGUUUAUUGAAGAAUGUAUCAAACGACUUGAACAAAAUCACAUGAAACACAUGAAGAGCUACGGAAAUGAUGAAAUGACUAACCGAAUGCGUUUGUCUGGAAAGUUCGAGACUGCGCCCUUUGACAAGUUCUCAUGGGGAAUAGCAAAUAGAAAGAGUUCGAUUCGUUUGCAAAGAAAUAUAAAAGAAAAGGGUAAAGGCUUUAUGGAGGACAGGAGACCAGCUGGGGACUGUGACCCUUACCUAGUUUGUGGCCUAUUGAUGGAUACCUGUUUGGGAUCUGCUGGUGGUGGCAAGGGUGGAAAAUGCAAAUAAAAAUAUUCUUACGUUGCAUUUGUUCGAAUUAUCAGUUUAUUUGUAAAUUUCUAGUAAAAGCUUUUCGUUUUUUGAAAUAUUGUAAACAUUUUAUAUUUUGAUGAAAUGAUUUAUUUUUAAAGUGAAUUUUUCGUAGUGAAGAGCUCUAUUAAAGACAUAAAUGUA